CUCAUUAUGUCAGAGUACCUUGUCGAUCCAGAAAAGUACUUAUAUUGGAUUCUGUUAUAUAUGUACACAGUAUUAGGUAUUACAUCGAUUAUAAUAUUGGGAAUAGGUACAAUGCUCAUUACAUAUAUUGAGCAUAUUUGUGGAAUAUUUAAAAUUGCUAGCUAUCGCAUUAAGCAUGCAGUGAACAUCGAUGUUCCACAAAAUAUUACGAAUAUAAAAAAUAAAACUUUAAUGAUCGAAGAUAUAAUUUGUGCCGUAGACAUUCAUCGUCAAGCUAUGAAAAUGACGAAGCAUUUCAUGACCACAUUCGAAAUAAUGAUGGCUUGUAUCACAGGAUGUUUAGUAGUUUGUUUUAGUUUUAAUUUGUUUCAAGUAAGUUUACGAUUUCAUGUA